AUGACCGACCCAACCCACUGGCUCCCGCUCACCACCUCCAACGUCCUCGCCGCCCACGACCUGGUCAAGCCCUACAUCCACGAAACCCCAAUCCUAACCAGCAAGACCCUCAACCGCAUCGCCUCCACGCCGCAAGCGGCCGAAGCGCUCGUCGGCACGCCGUUCGAGGGCCAGCCGCCCGCGCAGCCGAAGAUAAACUUCUUCUUCAAAUGCGAGAAUCUGCAGCGGAUAGGCGCGUUUAAGGCGCGGGGCGCGUUCCAUGCGCUGUUGCGGGCUGUGCAAGUAAUGGGGGAGGAGGAGGUGAGGCGGCGGGGGGUUGUUACGCAUAGUUCUGGAAACCACGCGCAAGCCCUCGCCCUCGCGGCCUCCACCCUCUCCAUCCCCGCCUACAUCGUCAUGCCCUCGAUCUCCACCCCGUCCAAAAUCGCCGGCACGCGCUCCCACGGCGCCAAAGUGAUAUUCUCCGGCUCCACCAGCCAGGAGCGCGAAGCCGUCGUCGCCACCGUCAUCGCCGAGACGGGCGCCAUCCUCAUCCCGCCCUACGACCACGCCGACGUCGUCUUGGGCCAGGGCACGGUCGCCGUCGAGCUGGAGAAGCAGGUGCGGGAGCUCGUAGACACGGAUGCGGGGUUGAGUGUGCAUCCUAAAGAGAGAGGAGGAGGAGGAGGAGGAGGAGGAGGAGGAGAAGGCGGGAGGGGCAGGCCCGGCGUGCUCGACGCGGUGAUCACGCCCCUCGGCGGCGCGGGCUUGACCUCCGGCGUGGCGACGUAUUACUCGACGCGGACGCCCAAGACGCUCGUGUUUGGGGCGGAGCCGUCGUUCCAGGGUGGCGACGACUGCCGGCGCGGGCUGGCGGCGGGGGAGCGAGUUACGAGCGUGAAGACGCUGACGAUUGCGGAUGGGCUGCGGACGCCGGUGGGGGAGGUGGGGUGGAGUGUUGUCUCUGACAAGGAGAAGGUGAGGGGUGUGUAUGCGGUGAGUGAGGGGCAGAUUCUGGCUGCGAUGCGGCUUGUGCUGGAGAGGGUGAAGGUUGUUGUGGAGCCGUCGGCGGUGGUGGGGUUGGCGGUUUGUUUGUUUGAUGAAGGUUUUCGGAGGAUGGUGGUUGAGGAGUGUGCGCGGGAGGGGAAGGAGGGGUGGGAUGUUGGAGUUGUGUUUUCAGGGGGUAAUACGACUGUGGAGAGGAUUGGGGAGUUGUUUAUGGGCGGGGAUAAGGAGGAGUGA